AUGACUCACACACUGAUGAAUGAAACGUAUAAUUUAAACAAACAACAAACUUGUACAUCCAUAUCAGAAAAUAAUGAUAAUGAUGAUUUACAAUCUCCAACUGACAAUUCGCAACUAUCUGACGGUGGGUCACUUCGUUAUUUAUGGCCUAAAAAUCGUUUAUCUUAUUUUCCCAGUCCACUAUUGCGUUCAGACAGAUAA